CAUUCCGACCAUAGCAAACUAGGUCAAGCUCACUGCCGCUUCUGCACGGCUCGCUCUCGCAGUCGCAUCACAGCCAGCCGUGCAGGAGCGCCCUUACGCUCCUUCCUUCUUUUAACUCAAAUGACAAGAAUUUAAAUGCACAAUAAUUAACCAGUAUUAAAACUUAGCGAUCUUUGAAAUAAUUACAUCUUAUAACUCCGUCACAGACAAUCGAAAAUAUGUAUUGGUUUUUGCGUAUUACUAUUUUAACAACUGCCACAGUAUUUUGCUGCCGACAAAGUGAAUUCCAAUGCGGGAACGGAAGAUGUAUUACGCUCAAUAAAGUAUGCAAUGCCUUGGACGACUGCGGCGACGGAAGCGAUGAGCAACGAGCAUGCUCCCCUUGCAAUAAAACUUAUUAUGGUGAUGUGGGGAAAACUUACUACCUCGAACUCCAUCGACCCAAAGAGGACAAAGUACCUUACUUCUGCAAGCUCACAUUCAAUGCUGUCGGUGGUAACUUUGGGGACAUUGUUCAGCUGACUUUUGACAGUUUUACUCUUGGAAAAUUCGUCUCUUUUACUGCGGAAGGAUGUCCUGACGGAUCACUGCAAAUAUCAGAAGCUCAGCGUCCCGAUGUUGGCGGGUUGUGGUGUGGCACAUCCUGGGGUCCUGCAAUUUACUACAGUGAAACGCCGAUCGUCACCAUUUCCCUCCGACUUUUUAGAUUAAGCCAAGAUCAAACGGGAUUUAACUUUGACUUUCGUAUGGCUUAUAAGAUGAUCCGUAAAUCCGACGCAGUAGUUCGAUAUGGAAAUCCUUUUGUCGGAAUGACUCAAGUAACUCAGCCGACAACAGAAUUGGAGCUGGAGCAACUCUCGACGGAAUAUUCAAAUACAACAAUGUUGAUGUCGACAUCGCCGCUAGUAGAAACGGUUGAACACGAGCAGCAAUCUAGAGAUAGUAAACCAGUACCCGAACAACAAUACCUCGGGGAUCUAAUUUCGGGUACAUACUGCUCGCGGAUAUUUAGCGAUUGCGAUAAAAAAAAGUGUCGAUUGCAGUCACCAAAUUUUCCUGGUCUCUAUCCACGUAAUCUCACAUGCUAUUACGCUGUACGACAACAUGAAAUUCCACCGGGAAAACAUGCCCUUAUAACUGUUCGACAACCACGAGGACAACUAAUUGCUGUUCGAGCCCGGCCGGCCAGCCAAGCUGAGCCGCCACCUCGAGAACUUCGUCUCUGGCAAGACUGCGAUGUUGUACAAGACUACGUGACUAUUUACGACGGCUAUACUACUCGUGAUCCGGUAAUCCUUAAAUUCUGCGGUGGAGGUGAACCCGUCCCUGAGGCUACCAGUAGCGGCGCUGAAAUUCUUGUCGAGUUUACCACUUCACCAUACGGCACCUUUCUUCAUCCCACUCCACCACACUCGUUACAUGGAUUUCAACUUGAAGUUCAAGUUAAGUUUGUCGAUGCUGACUCUCCAACUUAUGCAAAAAAUAAACGAUGUGAGUUUUGGCUAAAAGGUAAUACUGGCGGAGUACUAACCUCACCAAGUCAUACUUUACCAAGAAACACAACUUGUCUGUAUCAUUUGCGCGGAGCUGGGCCAGUUGUACCAAGUCCUACACCACCGAGACCACUUCCGAAAUUUCCCGAGACGCGGCCUGGAACUGUAUGGAGAAAACCUCCACCCAAACCACCACAACCCCAGUUCAGAGUUUGGCUUUCGAUACUAAAGUUUCACAUUGGAACAAACCCCACAGUUGUUCCUUCACAGAACGCUGCCUCUGACGACGAUUGCAAUACCACUCUCUUCGUUUGGGAUGGAGAAAUGAUGCCUUUAUCCGAUUGCAAUGACAUAUCUUGUGAAAAAGAAAGAUUAAGAUAUAUGGAGAGAACAGGGGACUCUAUAACGACAGUAGGUGCACGACCAGCCAGCAAUACAUCUCUAUUAGCAAGAUACUGUAAAGAUCGAGUCCCUAAAACUUGUGACCACGCUAUUUUACAAAAUACCAGUCGACCCUGCUCACUUGUUGAGGGUUUUAUUUCCUCUGGUAAUAGCCUCACCAUCGAGAUACGUAUGAUUGAGUCUACAGCUCUCAGGCCCGUAAAUUUUCGUGCACUUUAUGAGUUUGUGGAUCUUCAUCAUGAUGGUGAACCGUACGGCAAUGGACCGUGUUCACGGAUCUUUUACAGCAGAAAUCGAGAUCAGUACCCGGAUCGGAAAUUCCAAGCUCCGCGAAAUAUUUUUCUUUAUGGCCGAGGGGGUACUAAAAAUUUAAGCUGUGUGUAUCGAUUCGAGGGUGAACAGGAUGAAGUUGUCAAACUACGAUUCAAUAAGCUUCUCAAUGGGAAUCGAACAUGUCGUAGUGUGUCCAGUAUUGACUAUAAUCGUUUUCUCUGUAUUGGCUCCAGCAAUUUCUCACUCAAGGUGAUGGAACUGCCUUGGUUGAAUGCAGCGCCAAUUCAGCGAGACUGUCUCUGCUCUAAUCGAUCACUACCUAUAAACAUUAAAUCAUUAUCCCAUGUUGUUGAGGUACAUUUUACGAUUCACUCAAUGAAUGCUCUGGAUGAUUACAACAAUAUUUUCUUUGAGGGUGUUUGGGAUUUCAUAAAAGCCGUCCCGUGUCUUCAGAAACGAAGAGUUCGUGGGCCAUCAGGGGAAAUUAAAUACGAAUUACCCCUUACAAAUGAAGACCAGAAAAAUUGCAAACACCAUCCGUGGUUGAUUGAUCCAGGACCGGGACAAUAUCUGUACAUAGAAACACAUGGAAUAGUGAUGAAUAGCAACAAUAGCAGUGGUAAAUGCUUAACCAGCAACCGUAUUAUCGUACACACAGGCGGAAAUGUAAAUGUUUCGGUCUGUCCUAAGCCUGAAUCAGACUCAAGACAUAAUGUUGUCCAAGUGUUUAGUAAAGGUUGGUCUGUUGAGCAUAAAACAAUGAUGUUAGCACCUCGUUUUGAUCCAACCAGAACAAUUGCCGUUGAAUUUAUUAUGAAUGAAGCUGAUUCUUAUUCUGUUACGUGGCUUGAACUAACCAAAAGAUGGCCAUCAUCAAUAAUGGCAAUAGCCGAACUGGGGGAAAGUCUACCGCGUGAUUGUGAGCAACGUUGUCCAGAAUUGAAUGCCUGUAUAAAUACAUCAUUGUGGUGUGACGGUACUUCUCACUGUCCGUCUGGUUACGAUGAAGCACUUACUCACUGUUCAAUGCUGCUGCGACUUCCUCCUUUACAUUUGGCUAUUGGUGCUUCAAUACUUGUUACAAUAAUUGGCUCUGUGUGCUUUAUCUUUUGGCGGUGUAUUCGCCGAAAAGCGAACCGUUCAAUUUCACAACAUCGACUUAAAAGUAUAUCAUCAGAGACAGCUAUUAUUGGAGAUGGAAAAGAAGUUAUCUGCUGACAAAGCGACAGUUCUGUACGUUACGUCGAAGUUGACCGGGUUACCACUGUGUGACGAUCGUUACGAUCAUCCUCACGAUCUUCACGAUCUUCACCAUUGACGCCAUCGGUCUCUCUGUGGCUCGUUCAUUGCUCCUUUGUGGGUCUGCCAAGGUGGUGGUGGUACGGACAUGAUGCCUUGUUAACACAUAAUUUAAUGUUGUUAUGGCUACUCAAUGCCGUUCAAGUUAUUAUUAUCCUCUAACCCUCAAUUAUAAAAAGUCCCACUCGCAAUAAAAAUAAUAUUAUUUUUAAAUAGCGUAUGAACGAGCUAUAAUAACAAUACUUAAAACUCGCUGUUACGUGCAGAGCUGGAUGAUAAUCAUUAUUAUUAUUAUUAUUAUUAUUAUUAUAACUAAUUAAUUUUAUUAUCAUAUAACUAAUUAUUAUAUUACCGUGUACGUGGGAGUGUGUAUGCGUUCGACCGUAUUCAAUCUUUUGUUAUCUCUUUUCAAUAGCUACCCGUUUUAAUAUUAACACAUUAUUAUUAUUAUUAUUAUUAUUAUUAUUAUUAUUGUUGUUAUUGUUGUUGUUAUGAAUAAUAUUUAUUAUAUUUAAAAAAAAAAGUGAUCGUAUAUAAUCCACAGAAUGUUUUAAACUACUGUGUUAAUUCCACUGGGGUUAAAAAAAAAAUGUAUAUCUGUUGGAGUCAACACUUCUCGAUGUGAUUGUUUUUUUUUUUUAUUCUACUUCCCCGGGAAUUCUCUCGAUAACAAUGACCACACGCUGCCAAUAUUUUAUUGAUCAUUUCAACGAGAAUGUAAUUAUUGUACAAUAUUUUCACACAACUUGAAAUAUAUAUAUAUAUAUAUAUAUAUAUAGCUAUGAAAUUAUUUAAACCCGAAUUAAAAAAAAUCCGUUUGCGACCAUUUAAAAUAAUAAUAAUAAUAAUAAUAAAAUAAUUAAGUGUGAUUUUUAAUCACAUUUUUUAACGAGGACAAUAACUUUAUAAAGAAUAAAAUAUGUCUUGAAUCGAGAGAUUUGCGUGGAAAAGUAUAAGUAUAUAAAUAUAUAUGUAAGAGUGUAUCGAGUUGAAAGUGUUUAAAGAUAUGAUGCAUAUAAGCGGGUUAAUAAUGAUAAUAAUAAUAUUAUUCAAAUAAAAUGUAGAAAUUUAAAAAAGUAAAAAAUAUGUUAUAAUCAUAUACGUUUGAUUGAAAAUAUUGGUAUGAUUAAAAUUUUUGUGUGAAUUGGCGCGUAUAUUGUCUGAAUAUGUACAUAGAUAUAUAGUAGUAAACAAUUGAUAACUACUUUGUGAAACACGAUAUAAAUUUAGAAUACUUAUUUGGCAUAUUAUAUUAAUUAAAUAUACCGACCAAAUUCAAUAUAUAUAUAUACAGAUAUAAGAAUGUUGCAUUACUUAACAAACAGAAAAAUAAAAUUUUAGGCAUUGAAAGCAUGCAAAAAGUAUUGAGGUAGAAAAGAUUUAAUAAGGAAAUGAGUGUUAACUUUUUCAGUUAGAAAUAACAAUAACUAUAAUAAUAAUAACAAUAAUAUACAUAUGUCAUGUGAAAUAUGCAUGUAUAUAUAUGUUAUUUAGUUCGGAGCUGUGCUUCGAAUUGUUAUGCCGAGAUUGACGUCAGCGUCGCGGCGAAGGCACGCGGACAAUCUAAUUGAUUUUUACGGCACAAGUGUGGAAACCAACCACAUAUAUUGUAAUAGACAAAUAUUGUAAUAUUCAAUUUUUAUUCCUCAGUAUGUACACAUACACACAAACACCAAUUAAA